AUGAGGAGCAGUGGUGUUGCCCUGGUGCUUGCCCUGGCCGUGGCAGCAUGUGUUACUUCUGUGGAGAGGAAGUGUCAGCUCAGUGGGCUGUGGAGGAAUGAGCAGGACUCACUGAUGGAGAUUUCGGCGGUGGGAGACGACGGGGGCUUCCAGGGGAACUACCUGACUCGGGUCACCCUUGCUGGUGGCUGUGCCUGCGCCUCCCCCCUGAAGGGUGCCCAGCAGCAGCCCAGCGAGGGGGGUUGGCCCACCUUUGGCUUCACUGUGCGCUGGGACAAGUUCUCCAACGUCACCACCACCUUUGUGGGGCAGUGUUUUGUGGACAAGGGCGGGAAGGAGACACUGACCACCAUGUGGCUGCUGCGCGAAGCUGUCGGGUCCCUCCAGGAGGACUGGAAAGCCACCAGGGUGGGCAGAAAUGUCUUCACGCGCAAACGCACUCGAAAAGGAAAGAUCCUGCCGAGCUUGUCCCCAUUCUGCGAGAAUGUGGCUUCACCUGACCUGUGA